AUGUCAUUACAAGAUCAGCAGAUAUCAGGUAAUACAUUCACUCCAAAUCUAUCACCGCUGGAUCUACUGGAACAGCAAAGUCGUCAAUUAGCACAUGACCUUCAUAGUUCUAAGCCGACGGACCGACAUAAGCGUAACAGUGCUGAUACAAUUAAGGGCGUCAGUGAACCUAACAAUCCAGCACCAGAACGCGGACAUGUUGUUAAUAGGAGUAUCGACACACACUCGUCUCGCUUAAGUCAGAAUGGCGACACCAUGACUGAGCAGGUUCCUGACCAAGUUUCACAACAACAGUCGCCAUCUAGGGUGCGCCAUAAACACAUGGCAUCUGAUACCUCAACCAUAUCAACAGCAUCUUCAUACCAACCCAAUUCUCAUAGUCAAUACGCAACUCCAGACAGCAUAGCAUCAAAUAAUAUCAAAUCUUACAAUGCACCAUUACGGCCCAUUCAAAAUUUCAAUCAAGAUACAAAUCAAGAAUGGACCCCAAGGUCACGAGCAUCCAUGUCAAGUCUAUCUUCCUUUGGGGGUGGGGGAGGUAUUCUUGACAGUUUCAGAUUAUCGGCAUUACCAUCUUUUGACCGUCAAUCAGUCAUUGAUACAGAACCAAGUUCAGACAAUCUCUCGGAUAUUUCAAGAGCCGGAAGUCUUCAGACAAUCAGGUCAGUCUCGGGAAAUGUCCGAACAAGCUUCGACCCCAGAAUGCAUAUUAGGACCGUAGAUUCAGGUCGCGAUGCGAACCCAAAAAAUGAUAUAGAAGAUAGUGAGUCGACUUCACCCGACUUUGGUAAGACCCAUGCGGAAACUAAUGGAGAAGCAUCGUCAGAACGUCCUCAGUUAGUGUCUAACAAGACAUUUUCUCACAAUAUCCCUUCACGUCCAGUCAUCCUUAGUGCGAAAUCAUACCAUCAGUCAGCUAGCACUAGCAUGUCACCGGACAGCACCGUGUCUACGCCACCAUCAUCGAAAUCUCGCCCAGUCAGUGAUGCAUCUUCAUACUAUUCAUCGACUUCACGGUUCUCACAGUCGUCGAUUAAGGCUCCUGCAGCUCUAUUUCAGCAGUUUAGUCACCCAACAACAACUAAUGUAGCACAUAAAUCUAGACCCACUGGUUACUUUUUUCCAGAACCAACAUCUCGACCAGCCGUUGGUAAGCACCAACCUCAACCAGCCAAAGCAGGGAAUGGAGGACUACUGAUCCCCCCUUCCAUUAGAAAGAGCCCACCACCCAUCCAAACACGGAAGACAUCGAAUGACUCCACCAAUAGCCGGAACUUGAUUCCUCAGUCACUAUUAGAGAAGCCAUUUGCUGACAUGACUGUAGAAGACCAUGUCACUAUAGGCAUUGCAUAUCAUGAGUCGGGUGACCUUCGUGAAGCAUCAUAUCACUGGCAGCACGCAGCAUUUAAAGGAGACCAUACAGCAAUGUUGUUAUAUGGAUUGUCUCUACGGCAUGGUUGGGGUAUGAGACAGAAUCCUACUGAGGCGGUUCAAUGGCUCAGGAAAGCUAUGGAAAGUACCAUCGCCGAGGGUAUGUUUAAAGAUGGCGAUUUCCACAAGAGUAAUGUUUCAAAGGAAGGGUCUGAAGAUUCUGGAAAAGUGAAAAAAGCUCAUAUUGGUCUGGCUCUGUAUGAACUAGGUAUGUCUUACCUUCACUCUUGGGGCAUAGAGAAAGAUGAAACGAUGGCCCUAAAAUCAUUUGAAUUGGCUGGUCAGUUUGGAGAUGCUGACGCUCUUUGUGAAGCAGCUGCUCUGUAUAUGCAUAAUGGGCCCAAAGGACGUAAAAAGGACCUCAUGAAGGCCGCAAAACUUUACAGAAAGGCUGGGGAGCUUGGGGCCAAUAUGGUCGGGCAAUCCUGGGUGUACAAGGACAAGUAUAUGGAAGAUUCUAAGAAAGAUAAAAAGAAGAAAUAG